GUCAGGAUCCACCGAACUCGAAAUGAACUUUAAGUUAGUUCUAGUGGUGCUAUUUUCGCUUGCCCUAACAGAGGCGGCUGACCUACUAAAAUUUCGGGUGAAAAGUGACAAAUUCCUCCACAAUGCCCCAUUAGUUGAAAAAGAGAAUGUAAAAAAUGAAGAAAUUAACUUUACCGCGCCAAAUUGGAAUAAUACAACACCUUCAUGGCCAUGGAAUUUCACAACACCCACUCUACCAUGGAACUUCACAACGCCGUCGUGGAACAAUACUACCCCUCAAUGGAAUAUAACUACGCCAUCUUCGAAUGUCACUACUCCACAGUGGAAUGUUACCACCCCUGCAUGGAAUGUCACAACCCCAAGCUGGAAUAUCACAACUCCCUCAUCGAAUGUUACGACCCCUUCUUGGAAUAAUACCACCCCUCAAUGGAAUAUUACAACACCCUCUCCUCCAUGGAACAAUACUACCCCUCAGUGGAAUAUAACAACGCCAUCUUGGAAUGUCACUACUCCACAGUGGAAUAUUACAACUCCUUGGAAUAACACUACCCCUCAAUGGAAUGUUACCACACCGAGCUGGAACAACACGACCCCGGCAUGGAACGUCACAACCCCUUCAUGGAAUAAUACCACCCCUCAGUGGAAUAUUACAACAACCUCUUCUCCUUGGAACAAUACUACCCCUCAGUGGAAUAUUACAACUCCCACACCACCAUCGAACAUCACAACUCCAUCUUGGAAUAAUACCACCCCUCAGUGGAAUAUAACAACGCCAUCUUCGAAUGUCACUACUCCACAGUGGAAUGUUACCACCCCUGCAUGGAAUGUCACAACCCCAAGUUGGAAUAUCACAACUCCCUCAUCGAAUGUUACGACCCCUUCUUGGAAUAAUACCACCCCUCAGUGGAAUAUUACAACACCCUCCUCUCCAUGGAACAAUACUACCCCUCAGUGGAAUAUUACAACUCCCACACCACCAUCGAACAUCACAACUCCAUCUUGGAACAAUACUACUCCACAGUGGAAUAUUACAACUCCUUGGAAUAACACUAACACUACAUCUCAAUGGAACGUUACCACCCCGAGCUGGAACAACACGACGCCGUCAUGGAACGUCACAACCCCUUCAUGGAAUAAUACCACACCUCAGUGGAAUAUUACAACUCCCACACCACCAUCGAAUAUCACAACUCCAUCUUGGAACAAUACUACUCCUCAAUGGAAUAUAACAACGCCAUCUUGGAAUGUCACUACUCCACAGUGGAAUAUUACAAUUCCUUGGAACAACACUACCCCUCAAUGGAAUGUUACUACCCCGAGCUGGAACAACACGACGCCGGCAUGGAACGUCACAACCCCUUCAUGGAAUAAUACCACUCCCCAGUGGAAUAUUACAACUCCACAGUGGAAUGUUACAACUCCCCAAUGGAAUAUUACAACUCCGUCUUGGCCAUGGAACUUUACAACUCCCACUGUACCAUGGAACAUCACCACUCCAUCUUGGAACAAUACCACCCCUCAGUGGAAUAUAACUACGCCAUCGUGGAAUGUUACCACCUCAAGCUGGAACAACACGUCGCCGGCAUGGAACGUUACAACUCCUUCUUGGAAUAACACCACUCCCCAGUGGAAUAUUACAACUCCACAGUGGAAUGUGACAACUCCGUCUUGGAAUAUUACCACACCGGCGUGGAAUGUCACAACUCCCCAAUGGAAUAUUACAACUCCGUCUUGGCCAUGGAACUUUACAACUCCCACUGUACCAUGGAACAUCACAACUCCCUCUCCCCCUUGGAAUGAGACUAGAGCUGCUGAAAGAAAAGUGGGCAUCGAAGUAGGCGCUGAAGAUCAUAGGGACGCCAACGUAGAUAUCAUUAUUAAUUAAAUCUAAUGAAACCAUUGCAAAGGAGGUAAUUAUAUUACCAAUGUAAUAUAUUGAAAAUUUGAACAUUUUCGCUGACAUGUUUUAUACCUAAUAAAGUUUAAUGAACAUCUAAUUCGAAA